AUGUCAAUGACAACUCUUGCGGCGACGCACGACGGCGGCAGCGGGUGCCUGAUCUGCCAGAGCAAGGACCAGCAGAUCCAGGCUAAGGACGAGGUAAUCCGAGCCAAGGACGCGGUCAUUGCCGCCAAGGACGACGCUAUUGCCCAGAAGGACCAGGCCCUGAAAGCCGAGCGUGAGCUCCGAGAACAGCUUCAGAAGCAGCUCAAGCUGGCGUCUGCAGGAGUCAAGGCAAAAGCAACAAAGGACAAGGAUCCGUACCACCACCGAGUGUCGGGAACAAGGAACGGCGGUGCAGAGCAUACCGAGGCGCACACACUGCAUAACCAUCGUCUGCAGGACAACAGCAGAGACGCAGCGGCAGGAUGGAUGGAUGAAUCGAAGGUGACCAAGAAGGCGAGUCUUAUCAACAUCAAGUCUGCGAGCAGUCAAGCCCAAGAGGAAAAGGACGCCCUGACUAUCUACAUCCGAAAUGUCACCGAGAGUGUCACCUAUGAGAUGCUCCACGACGCCUUCUCUGUCUUUGGCAUCAUUCGCACUUUGAACGUCGUCCAUCCAAAGGCGUGCGCUUUCGUCGAGUUUGCUACCCCUGACGCUCAUCAAAAGGCUUUGGCAGCGACGUCGGUUCCUGUGGGAGAUGGUCAUGAGAAUGUGCUGACAGAGAAACGUGUCCGCAAACCACAACAGACGGGCGGCGGGUUUACACGACGUCCAUCGACCAACAACCUCAAAUCGUUCGCAUCAAAUGGCAACCUCCAGGCCAGCUUCAACAACAGCAGCAACAACAGCAGCAACAACAGCAACAGCAACAACAACUCGCACGCACAUCAUAUGAUCAGCACUGCUGCAGCCGUGCCCAUGCACACUGGAACCGCCAACAGCUAUCACUCCAUGACUAAGAUGAACUCCAAGGGAACGGAAUCGCAUGCCAAGGAGGACGAGGGCUGUGACCUGACUGCGACCUGCUAA